AUGUCCGCCGCCAAAGCCAAGGCUCAAAGCCUCAUCAACGAGAACGGCGUCGUCGUCUUCUCCAAGUCCUACUGCCCUUACUGCAAGUCCAGCAAGGAUCUCCUGAACAAGCUCGGUGCCAAGUACAAGCUGCUCGAGCUCGACGAGCUGGAUGACGGCGCUGCUAUCCAGAGUGCUCUCCAGGAGAUUUCCGAACAGCGCACCGUGCCCAACAUCUUCAUCAAGCAGAAGCACAUUGGUGGCAACUCGGACCUUCAGGCCAUUUCUGCUACGCUGCCCCAGCUGCUGAAGGAUGCUGGUGCUCUCUAA